AUGUCCUACGCCUCUGCCACCAAGAGCAACAUCCCCGCGGGAGAGAUGCCCCACCCCGACCAGGGCCUCGCAGAUGGCCACUUUGAAGGCGAGACCGGCGCACACGGUCUCCACCAGGGCGAGAAGAUCAACGUCCUCCCCGCCGGAAGCGACCUUGAGCACCCGCCAAUCGAGGACGAGCUUGCCGCCCGCCCAGACCCUAUCCAGCUCAAGCACGCCGAGCCCGAGACCUCCAACGCUCUUAACGUCGCCCCCGCAUCCACCCCCGUCCCCAUCGACACCACCAAGUGGGAGAAGGUCGAGAAGGAUCUCGAGGCGGAUGUCAAGAGCGGAGCCAAGAAGGCCGAGAAGAAGGGCAAGGAGCUCGGUGAUAAGGCUGAGAAGAAGGGCAAGGAGCUGAGCGCCGAGGCCCAGAAGGCUGGCAGGGAGAUCAACGAUAAGGCGCAGAAGGCCGGCAAGGAGGUUUCGGACGCGGCCAAGGACCUCAAGAAGAAGGCCAAGGCCGAACUCAACGAGGUCGAGAACAAGCUCGAGCCAUACUGGGAGAAGACGAAGGACAUUGUUCUCCGCCCCGGAACCCUUGGUGGCCUUAUGGGUGUUGUCAACGUCGGCCUCCUCGGCACUCUCGGCUACUUUGCUUACACCCGCCGCGACCAGCCAUGGGACCGCCGUCUCGUCGGUGGUGCCGCUGCCGGUACUCUUGCUCUCUUCGGUGCCGAGGGUUACGUUACCGAGUCUUACCUGUCAACACCCGAGGGUCGUGCCGAGGCCGAGCGGGCCAAGCGUGAGGGUUCGAGGGCGUACAUGCAGGCCAAGGAGAUUGUCCUCAGGCCCGGUGUCUUUGGCGGUCUUGCUGGUUUCGUAAACGUCGCUGUCCUCUCCACUGUCGGCUACUUCAGCUACAAGCACUGGAACCACAUCUGGGACCCCCGUAUCGUGACUGGUGUCACUGCCGGUCUUGUCGCUCUUUCUGGAUUGGAGGGAUACGCCGGAAAGGCAUACGCCGACAACGAGCUUCCCAAGCGCAGGUAA